AUGAAUACUGUACAGUGUGAUGUGUGUUCAUACCAAAUAACUGCUAAGGCUGAGCGUAUCUACUGUUUCGGCGGUUGCAAACAAAUCUACCAUUCGAAAUGCAGCGGUUUGUCUGCUGCUGCUAUUGCGGCAAUGAAAGCAAAUGUAGCGCUGAAAUACUUUUGCUUUGACUGUAGAAAAAGACAAACUAGCCUGAACGACAUACUACUGAAAUGCACUGAUUUGUUUCUGAAAGUGGACAAAUUGGAAGCUUCUGCGAAGGCCAGUGAAUCGAAUUUUAAUCUGGUUCUGAAAGAACAGUUCGAUGCAUUCGAAGAUCGUAUACAUUCAAUUGUGCAAAAGUGCAUCAAUGACGUGAAAAGUAGUCCUUCGGUAAUGACUUAUGCUGAUGUAACUGGAAAGAAUUCUGGUCCAACAGUUCAGAAUGCUUCGAAAGGUACGGUCCAACAAGCCAAAGCCGCGUCCACUGGGUCUGGCGCCUCCGAGCCCUUAGCGGGAUCUUUGCGGUCCAGAAGAAAACGUGUGAUCGAUUCUCCGAAACCACCGGCAAGCAAAUCAAACACUAUUACUACCACCAUCGCUGCUGAAUCAACUACUGAUGAGCUGAAGCGUCAAGCCCGCCAUAUAUGGCUGACCGCUCGUACGACCACAUGGGCCCAGGCGUUGGGAGAUGGCAGCCCUUGCUUAACAUCGAAAGGACAUCUUGGUUUUUGUACAUCGUUUCGAAAGUGUUACCCCUAUUUCAAGAUACCUGAUCUUAGUGUAUGGGAGUCGUGGGUUCUUGGCAACUAUGAUACGUGCAGCUAUUUCAACGAUCAAGGCAGACAGGCUUUCGGUGUAUGUUGUACGAAUCCAAUAACACCGCUACCAGUCGCGGAAUCCAGCACCGAAACAAGUACAUCGGCAGCAACCAUUAUGGGCAGUGGAAAUGAAAUCGGAGAAGAUCCUAAGAAGAAACCUCCAAAAAAUAACAACUAUCCUAGUUGGCCACCGCCAAUUCCAACACAUCCUCCAGACCAUACACCUGCAACUCAUCCGCCAUCGUUCACUUCUACGACUGUUGCUCCUUUUGUUACGGAAUCGACUACUAGCAGACCGGGAGGUACCACAUGGCCUACAAAACCGGCCCGUCCGACGGUGCCCAAUCAACCGGGAAAACCGCCGAUGGUUUGGCCUCCGCCAGCACCUACACAUCCCCCCACACCAUCGAUAGAAUUAACCACCACUAGCUCUGUGGGAGCUCCCGGAGAUGGAUUCUCGGGUGGUUGCGGUGUUAAAAACGGAAAUCCAGACACCGAACGGAUAGUAGGAGGACACAAUGCGGACCCGAAUGAAUGGCCAUGGAUUGCCGCUCUAUUCAACAACGGGCGUCAGUUUUGCGGAGGAUCACUUAUCGACAACAUUCACAUCCUCACCGCUGCCCAUUGCGUGGCUCAUAUGAGCUCAUGGGAUGUUGCACGUCUAUCAGUAAAGCUGGGCGAUCAUAAUAUUCGGUCGAACACCGAGGUACAACAUACCGAAAGACAAAUAAAACGACUCGUGCGUCAUCGGGGCUUUGAUUCACGAACGUUGUAUAACGACGUUGCAGUAUUAACCAUGGAUCAAGCCGUGCAGUUUUCUCAAUCGGUUCGACCUAUCUGCUUGCCGGCAGGUGAAAGUACUAGAACUUACAAUGGACUAACGGCUACGGUUAUCGGCUGGGGAAGUUUGCGCGAAAACGGGCCACAACCCUCUAUUCUGCAAGAGGUAAAUCUUCCAAUUUGGACAAAUGGAGAAUGCAGUAGAAAAUAUGGAUCAGCUGCUCCGGGUGGUAUCAUUGAAUCGAUGCUAUGUGCAGGGCAGUCAGCGAAGGAUUCUUGUAGCGGAGAUUCCGGUGGACCCUUGAUGAUCAACGAUGGACGGUGGACCCAGGUUGGGGUCGUUUCGUGGGGUAUUGGCUGCGGAAAGGGCCAAUAUCCUGGUGUAUACACUCGAGUUACGUCCUAUAUGCCUUGGAUAACGAAAAAUACUAAAGACAACUGA